AUGGUGCAGCAGCAGGAGCACUUCUUCUUCGAGCCGCUUCCGCAGCGGCGCUUCGACGCGCUGCUGGGUGACCCCGUCUUCAAGGCGGCGCAGCACAGGUGGGGCCUCCACGCCACGACACGCCUCUGCGCCUUCCGCUUCCAGCGUGACAGCGGCAGCAGUAACAUGAACAACAACGCCGUCAGCUCAGUUCACCUCCGCUUCUCCGGCUUUCACAGGGGCCUGCUGCCGGAGUUCCUGCAGGCCCUCUUCGAGGCGCCGGCAGUGCGGGAGGGACUCGCGCUUCGUGCCGAGGCGGAGGCCAGCGCUGGGGGCGGCGGCGUCGACUACUGCGAGCUGCGCUGCUGCUGGACAACGCUGCAGCCAUUCGCUCGCCUCGCCGCGGCAGGCGUCGUGCGGCACGUUGAGCCGUCUGCUGACGGCGACAGCAACGACAAGAACAAAAUCAAGGACGACGACGAUGAGGUGGCGCCGUUCGACGGCGUACGGAUGCCGGUGGUGAGGCGCGCGGACGUGUACCUCCCGCAUGACAUCGCUGUCACGGAUGAGCUCCGCGCUCUCUUUCUGCUGGCACACAACGGAGGCGCAUGCGGUGGUGACAACAGCGACGAUGAUGAUGAUGAUAACGACGAUGCCUUCGGCUUUGGUGCUCGUGGGCAACUCUCCACCGCGGCGUUACGCAGCGUCUUUAGCAAGGAGGAGCGUUCGGAGUUCCUGUACCACAUUCUGUGGCGCCUUGUGGCGGGCGGCGGCAGCACCAAUCAGUGGGACGAUGAGCUGACGGUGUACCUCGAGGCUGCACGCAUCUUUUACAAAUCUCUUGUCGCGAUUCGCCUCGCCCAGGUGAGCGCGACAUCAUCACAGACGACUGCGGCAGCAGGAACAACAGCCGCAGUCGUGGACGAGCCAGACCGCGGUGUCGAGGACGACGAUGCAUUGAAGAGGGGCACGCUGGUUCCGGAAGUGGUAUCCACAGUGGUGUCGGUGCGGAAUGUCCACGGCGUUCGGCUGUUCGACCGCAGCGACGACGCGGAGCCGAGCAACCUGAAUUACUGCUACGUCUGCAUCAACCCCGCGCAGUCGGAGGUGGUGGUAUGGUACCACUGCUUCUAG